GUUAAAUUUAAGUUUAGGUUUAGAAAAUCAUGUCAGAAUCGACACCAGUAUAAAUAUUAUUUCAAAAUAUAUGUUAUUCCGGUCAAUUAGUGGACAUGGGAACUUUAUUGUAGUGUUGACUACCUCAUAAAAGCUUAUCGAGAAAGCUGACUCGAUUUUAAUUCCAAAAACUCCAAGAAACAAUAAAAUGCGUCACCUCAUCCUACUGUAGAAAAAAAAGAUUAAUGAAAAAAUAAGACUGACUGCAUGGCUUUGCCUUUCCCAGGAAAAAAAUAUAAAAAAGGAAAUGUUUAAAAAAAAGGGAUUUUUUGGCGGGAUUUCAUCGAGUGCGGUUGGCGUCUUAUUUUAAUUAUUCUUAAAUGUGUUCAUAGUGGAUAUUGUGAAAUAAAAUUGUUGUGAUUUUGUGUUACAACCGUCUGCGCCACUGAAGAAUUAGUAGAAUCGUCAAAAUAUACGCUAUUCCGGUCAAGUGGACGUGAGAACUUUAUUGUAGUAUUGACUACCUCACAGAAGCUUAUCGAAAAAGCCAACUCGAUACAUUUCGUGCCAAACACUUCAAGAAAUAUUAGAAUGCGUCACACCGACAUUCUAAUGUAAAAAGAAAAACAGAAUAAUUUACCUUAAGACUAGGCUGUAUGGGCAUUGUUCCCCUUGCCUUCCCUGAAAAGGGAGAAUUUAACAUCAAAAAAAGGUCGGGUGUCAGUUUGACAUUGACAUAUUUUUCAAAAGUUCAAAACUCCGAUUCAACUUGUCUUUUCGAUUAGGUACUUUAAUGAAAUAAUUACUGUUAUACUGAAAUCUUCUUUAGGCUGUGUUUAAUAAUUAUAUAUAUGUGAAAGUGGACUUAAAUGUUGCUUGCAAAUUUAUGCCAAAAUGUCUCCAUUUGCGUGAAUGACCCAUAAAAAAUAUCGUCGAAUCCUAAACAUAGAAGAAUUUGUUUAAACAAACAUUUAUUUGGUGAUGUGAAGUUCCAAUAGUGCUUGUAACUUUAAGCUUAAAGUAAAAAUGGCCUUAAAAGUUGAAGAAAAGAAUAAUUAUGAUUUUAUUCUCAAGAGCUUGUUGGCUGGGGGAGUUGCUGGUAUGUGUGCAAAAACAACAGUUGCCCCUCUGGACCGUAUUAAAAUUCUACUACAAGCACAGUCUUCACACUAUAAGCAUCAUGGAGUAUUUGGUGGUCUGACAGCUAUGGUUAAGAAAGAGUCCCUCCUUGCUUUGUACAAGGGAAAUGGUGCUCAGAUGGUCAGGAUUUUCCCCUAUGCAGCAACACAAUUCACAAGCUUCGAGAUUUAUAAAAAGUACCUUGCUGGCUUGCACAUACCCGUCGUGCAACACGGAGACAAGUUCAUAGCGGGGGCGGGGGCCGGCGUGACCGCAGUGACCCUCACCUACCCGCUGGACACCAUCCGGGCGCGUCUCGCCUUCCAGAUCACUGGCGAGCACCGCUACACAGGCAUAGUGCAUGCUGCAGCCACCAUGUUCCGGACGGAAGGCGGUAUCCGCGCGCUGUACCGCGGCUUCGUGCCGACCAUGAUGGGCAUGGUUCCGUACGCUGGGUUCAGCUUCUACUGCUUCGAGUCGCUCAAGUUCUUCUGCAUGAAGUACCUACCCAACUCGCUUUGCCGCAAGUGCGAUAGGAAUACAGGUGGUCUAGUUCUAACGGUGCCGGGUAAGCUUCUAUGCGGUGGAUUGGCAGGCGCGGUUGCCCAGUCCGUUUCCUACCCGCUCGACGUCACUCGGCGACGAAUGCAGCUCGCCUGCAUGGACCCACACACCGAGAAAUUCGGCACUGGCAUGGUGAAGACAUUGCAGCUGAUCUACACUGAGAACGGCGUAGUACGCGGUCUAUACCGAGGUAUGAGCAUUAAUUACCUUCGAGCCAUCCCCAUGGUGGCAACUUCGUUCUCCACAUACGAGCUGAUGAAGCAGCUACUGCAGCUGGACACCGGCAUGAAGAUUUCCUAACCCCCCCUCUUACUCCCAUCUCGGUUCCUCCCCUGUUUAAUUUAUCAUUAACACUAUGUCUUCCCCUCAAUUCUUCGUAGCAACGCCGUCUCAUUCUCAUCAUUAUCACUUUAACACUCAAGAUAGAAAAAAAACAUGGGAAGAACCGAAGAAAAAUAUAUAAACGGUUACGUUGGUAAGUGAAGAUGACGUGACGCUGUGUACACAAAACAUUCCAACCAGGGCCGUAGCUAGGGGCAAUAUGAGGCAAUGCCCUACCUGUUAUUACCGCUGCCCUAUCUUAAAUACAACUCUGGUGAUGAUUCCAACAAACAAAAUAAAGGGCAGCACUUGGUGUAUUAUUCGAUCAAAUACAGGCAGUCCUCGAUUUACGUCGUUUCAAGUUACGUCGAACAAUGUUCUGACACUAUUCAUCGAGCAUACGUCAAUUGUUUCGAUUUCCGGCAUAGGAGAAUUCACUUAUCGCGAGUUGAAUGGGGCCGGCGUUCGUGGGGAUGUCUCGACUUACGUCGUUUCGCUUUACGUCGCGUAUUUCGAGAACCUAACAUGCCGUAAGUAUGAGGACUGCCUGUACAUUUUUUUUUACACUUGACUUAUGGUAAGGUUAUUGUUUUCUUUAAGACCACGCUAUGAUUGAGCUUACACAACUCGGCAAUCCAAUUCUCUUAAUCUUUGAUCGGCUAUUACAUUCAAUGAUUAGGGAUACUCACAAGUCGUAAGACUGAGAUGAUGAAAUAUGAUAGUAAGAUAUUGUGAAAUAACAACCUAGAAAACUUUGCUACUGUUUGAAAUUUUCAACGCUUAGGUAGAGGUGCUACACAUAAACUGAUUGUACGCCACAUUAUAAAAUAUUACAUUUAUAAUACUAUAGUAUGUAAAAUGAUGUUAAGAGAUUUUUUAACACCAACAGAUAUUACAGGGAGUUUGCAGAUACUAGUAAACUAAUUGUUUUAGUUAUAGUAAAAUUAAUGUUAAUAUCUGGUAGUAUUUUAUGAACCGAAAGAAAAAAAUAAAUUUUCAAGGGAAAAUUGAAGAUCAUAAGGGUCAUCAAAAUACUUUUAUUAUUUCCGAAUCAGAAAACCGACCUCGAACCAAAAGAAAACUAAAUUUUUCAAGGGAAAAUUGUAGAUUAUGGUAGUCAAAAUAACGAAUUAUUUGUUGCUCCCAUUUUCAAGUUAUCGAUAGUUACGUAGUAAAGAAAAAAUAUUUUUUUAUUUUUCUUCUUGAUCUGUUAUUUCUAUUGACAGUACUGCAAUCUUCACUUACUCCGUCUCGAAAAAAACAGUAAAAUGACAUUCUGAAGAAAGUAUGACAUUGUAAUUUAGUAUUAGAAAAAUUUAUCAUUCCAUGACAGACGAGUUGAAAGACAAUGACUAUUUAAUUUAUUCAUUAAAUGAAUGCUUUAAGAAACCGUCAAUCCAUUAUUCAUAAUGAACAAUUGUAAAGGUGUCGGUUCAAGAGUGGUAGUCGGUUUCCGGCAGCGAUAAAACAUAUUACAUCAUUUGAGAGCUUGUUUAAUGUUAGGUAUAACAUGAACAAACAAUUUUAGUUUUUAUUUUUCCCCGAUUAAUUUUAAAUUGUGUUUCAAAAUUCAACAACUUCCUAAGGAUGCUGACCAUCCGAUAACGUUCUAUUUUUAGUCUGUGGCAGCUAAUAACGUCAUCUUAAACACUAUGUCAAAUGUCGAUCAUUCCAGUCAUGCAUAUAGUGAAAUCGUGGUGAUAUUAUUAUACCAAUUUGUGAUUGAUUCUUCUUGAACUAAACUACCCACAAAAUACCUAAUAAUUUAAUGGGAGAUGAAAUAAUGAUCACUGGUUUACCUAUUGAAUAUAAUAUAGUUGAUGUUUUGGCAACAAGUAGUAGAUAAAUAGGUAAACUUGCCAUUUGCCAAUCAAUAAUUAUGUAAAUAUAAGUAAUUAUUAAAACGGGGAUAAAAUAAAUUCUAUUUUUUUGUCAAUCGAUUUACAAUUAAGUGCACUACAUGUCAUUAAAAUUUGGCGUCUGCCGAAGACUCACUACCACCCUCGAAACAAAUUUGAACCUGUGACCUUUGUUAAAUAGUCUUACGGCGAGUUUCAAUAAUCAACCUCUAGUACAAAGUAAGGAUAAUUUGGUUCCGUUUCUUAGCAACGGUUAUUAUAAUAUUAAUAUCUUAGCAAAAAAGCUCGAGUAGUUCGGAAGAGGCAGCUCUUACUGGAGUUUGAUUUAUUGCAACUGGCUGUCAGCAAAGUAAGCUGGUCAAAGUGACUUUUUUAAAGUAUUGAUAAAAGAAAAUUAUAAAUUUAAUAUAGGUAGUAUAAAUUAUGAUAAUUACUCAUUUGAAUAAUUUUGUUAUUUAUAUCACAAUUAUUAUUAUUUUAUACCAGAAUGAUAUUGGUAUAUAUUGUGUACUGGCAAUUUGUUUCAUUGCAUAAUUUGAAUUAAGCAGUGAAAAUCUUUUCGUAUCUAAUAUACUCAAUUUCUCACAAAGAGUUGUCCCUGUGAUGCAAUUUCAAGAAUAUGAUUAUAAAAAAUUCUAUUGUAUCAUGCUGAUUUGUCUUAUUUACAUACGCGUUAAUCUCAUUUAGAAUUUUAAAUUCGGAGGUGAAUCAGUAUAUUUUGCUCAGUACUAAUUAAGAAAAAUGACUUGACAGGCUAAAAUAGAGACAUCAGACAUAUCAUUAUCGAUAAUUAGUUUUUCAAAUAAUUUCACACGACCCCCUUACAAAGUGCUUAUUGUGUACUCCUGACAUCUGUUUAUCAAUUACAAUCAUGAGAUAAUAGGUAUAUUCCAUUAAUUAUAUCAGUGUCUCUAUAAGAAGAGUAUUUUUGCUUUAUAUUUAAUAACAAAAGUAUGAUAUUUCUAUCUUUCUUCUUCUAUCUGUAUAGAAAAAACCUAGGCGCUGGUCUCGCCGUUCGAUUAAAUGUGGUUAUAAAAUUAAAUUCACUGUAUAAAUAAUGGAUCCUUUGAUUUAUUUAUAGGCCUAGAUAGAGUAAUCCAAAUUAAUCAAACAAAGGAAACGGCUCAUGUUUCGUGCAAUGUGUGCAUGACUCUAAUGUUAGAUUGUAUUAAAGCAGUCAAUGUAUUCGUGUGUAGCGACGAGCAUAUCUACCAUAUGUAGUAGAUAUUUCUUGUGCAGUCCGCUUCCGUGCACUUAAUACGGUAUCUAGGUUGUAUAUAAUCAAAGACUGGAUCGUUAGAUUUAAAAUUAUCCUUACAUAACGCCGGCACUUAAUAAGGCUAUUCGUGUUUGGUAUUUGUCAUUUUCACAGCAGUUUGUUCUUAUCAUACUCUUAUAGACAAUGAAAAGAAAUACUUGUCAAGUUUGCAAAUAUCAAAUACGAAUAGCUCUGAAGUGCCGGCAUAAUAUUAUCGAAGAUUAUUUAGCUUUGUGUAACAAAAGUGUAUUGAUGCUUAAUUUAUUUUAAUUUAUAAACGCGGUUUCAAAAUAAUCAUCAACAAAAUAAUCAUUCAUUGAUGAUUAUUUUUUGUAGCAUAUUAAUUAUUUUAUAUAACUAUAGCUAUAGUAUAAAUAUAUGUAUUUUCUGCUUUUUUAAUGUGUUAGUUUAAAGAAUUUUUGGAAUGUGUACACACAGCAGCUUUUUCGGGUUUUACAACUGUCAAAAUACUUAAAUCUAUUUUCAUAUUUAAUGGUUGUGUUUAAGUUUUAUGGCAGGAUUAUAAUAUUUUGUCGUAGCCCGAAUUGCUCUUGCACAUUGUACACCAAAACGCCUUUUCAAGCACAAUUUUGCACAAGUACAAUAUAUAAAGCAUUAUUAUGGGCAAACCAAUCAAAUUUCUAUAAAGCAAUACUGUCUCUAUACAGAAGCGCUUGCUGUUAGGAUUACUUUGCUCAAAUUACUUUUAUCUUUAUCAAUGGCUCGUGUAGUAAGAUAUAUUUUUAAUUAGUCAUUAUGGUUUUCCAUUACAAGUAUUUAUCACUUAAUAGUGUCUUUUUUAUCACAAUUAUUGUUUAAAUUCUUGUAGCUUUAAAUUAUUGACAAGAAUGAAAGACGUUAUUAUAAAUUAACAUUAGUGUAAUAGAAAAAUAUAUUAGCUUGUAGGCAAUUUUUCAUUCCAUUUUUAAAUAAUGCCUUCACUUCAGUAUCAAUAUCGUAAAACCCACCAAAAGUACAUUGGUUUGAAUGAUUUUAUAGUCUUAGGGUACGGCCAGAGUGCACUCAGAUUCAGAUUCCGAAAACAAGCGCGAGAAAUAAACAGUGUAGUAGACUACAGGUUGCAUGCUUUUUCUCGCGCUUGUUUUCUGAGUCUGAAUCUGAAUCAGGAGUGCACUCUGGCCGUACCCUUCGACUACACUGUUUAUUUCUCGCGCUUGUUUUCGGAAUCUGAAUCUGAGUGCACUCUGGCCGUACCCUUAGGCAUUGUCCUAAUACAACGCGAUAACGCGAUCAUCGCGCGUUUAAACGAUGCGACCAUCGCGUGAUCGAGAACUGGGUGUCCUAAUAGAAAGCGAAUAUGCGAUCACGAUUUACGCGAAAAUAUCAUCGAUCAUCGCGCGAACUUCAGUUAGGACACUUAUUCAUCAUUAAUAGGUUUGAUUGCGCGUUCUAUUUUGAUUACGAGAAAAUCUAUUUUCAAUAAGUAUGUAAGAAGAGAGAA